CAACAGUUGAGAGCAGUGACCAGACACUCAAGUAUAUAACUGAUAUGAAAGCAAUACGAUAGUAUUUUUUCAUUUUUAUGUAUUUAUUUUUUUUGCUUACAUAACAUCAUCGUCUAAAACAAUGAAUAAGUUAAAUGAUUAACAUGAUAGUCAGUGGUUAUGACUUACGGAACUCAAAUCCCACUAACAAGUUGGUCUCGACGUUACAUCUCCGGCAAAAACUCGUUUUCCUCAGGAAAACUCCUCUUUCAUAUUUUGGUCAUCACUUAUUCGUAGGUCGUCCGGCGGCUAACUGUUAUGAAACGCACCCAGUUGCUGUAACUCUCGUCUUCUUAUUGGUUAGCCCGGCUGUUUACAGGUGUGUCACUCUUUCAAAGUAACCAAUCCGAAAACGGGAACCGGCUUCAUAUUAACGGAAAACUCUAUAAGUGUAAGAGUUUGCGUUUUCGUUAAUAUUUCUCUACACUUUUUCACAAUAGGCGUAAAGCUUAGCGAUAAAUAUCCAUAGGUUUGUUUUAAUAUGCAGUCAUUUUGGCUUGAAGAAAGGUGGCUUGCUGAAGCUGUCUUUGUUUGUUCAGACGGGAACGCGCCUGCGUGCCCACGCCCUUUAUUACAGGUGCUUUCGAUGACCUCAUCCCCCAGGAGGAAGGACAGACUUCAGCAAACGGAUACUAUGAGCAAUUCGACAGAGAGAGGAGCCGAAAUGGAGGAUUUUUUUAAAACGGUGUGUGAGGUAAGAAACCUCAUAGAAAAAAUCUCCAGCCAAACAGAGGACAUGGAAAAAAGACACUGCAGCAUCCUUUCCUCUUCGGACAGUGGCAAAGGAAGUAAAGAUGAACUGGAGCUGAUAAACAACGAGACCAGACACAACGCCAACCUGGUCCGAACCAAGUUAAAAUUAAUGCAGAAGAACUGUCCAUCAGAAGACAACAGAACUAAUAACUCUGUAAUCUAUCGAAUUCAGAGGAAUCAGCACUCACACCUGACUCGUUGGUUUUCUGAAGUCAUGAAGAGUUACCAUAAGAUCCAGAUUUCCUUCAGAGAGAAAUGCAAGGCCCAAAUUCAGAGACAGCUCGAGAUUGUGGAUAAAGUCACAACAGAUGACGAGCUGGAGGAUAUGCUGCAACGUGAUAAUCUUGCCAUUUUCAUAACUAAUAUCCAUUCUGAUGCUCAAUUAUCAAGUCGGGCUCUCUCUGAGAUUGAAAGACGUCAUCAGAACAUCAUCAGCCUUGAGUACAGCAUUAAAGAACUACAUGAGAUAAUUACAGACACGGCCAUGCUGUUGGAAAUUCAGGGGGAGUUGAUAAACAAUAUAGAAAGGAACGUCACCAGUGCCGGAGAAUAUGUACAUGCAGGAAAAGAAGAAACACAGGAAGCACUCGGAUACAAGAAGAAUCGUUAUAAGGUUGUGUCUCUCCCAAGUUUUUUCAAAUCCUUUAGGAGACAAGCCAGUACUGAAGCUGAUGAUUAAAACUCUACUGAAGACUGCAUCAAGCCUUCCUGAUGCACAUCAAACCUGUCAGAGCCUUGGAGAAUUAGUUGUAUCCAUUUUUUUCCCCAUGUAAAACUCUUUAACUGUUUUUUGUAGAACUGUAGUUUUUUUACCCAGAGUUGAGAAUUCAAAGUUAUGUAAAAAUAACUUGUCACUUUAAAUGCUUAAAAAAUAUUUCUUUGUCAAGAAUAUGAUUUCAGAUAUGGUCCAUUUCAUUACAUUACUUUUUAUCUGUUCAACCACCCAUAGAUUCAUUUACUCACUUGAUCACUAGGUGGCACUGCAACAACAUUGAAAUACCAGGCUGUACCUUGUCUAAGGUUUCUUCUUAUGACAUUGUAAAAAUGUCAACUUGUGCUCAUAAUGAAUGCUGUGAAACAGAAGAUUUUAAACUUCCUGGUCUCCUGCUGUGAUCAAUUAACAUAAAGUGGUUUAAGUGAAAUGUAAGAAAUCUGCACAGUAUAAAAAUUGCUGUAGCAGUUGCAGUCAACUUGUAAAUUAGAAAUGUAGUGAUCAGAGUUUUAUUGGCUUAUGUCUUGUUUUGCCUUUUUGUAGGUCUGAUCUGCUGAUUGUAAAAUAUUUUGUUUUUAAAUUAACAAUGACAUGUAAAUAAACUGCUUGGAAGUACAAGGAACCAAAGCUGGCAUAAUCAACAAAACAGGUAAAUAAGUGGCUUAAUAAAAUAAUGACAAUGGAAGCAAAUGGAACAAAAGUGAUUGGAUUAAAUAUUUUUGAUCUAUAAAAAGUCAUGCAAAUGUAUAUUUUGACAUCUGAUGCAAUACUAGUUACUGAUGUAGCUGUUUUACCUACUUAAUAUACCCAUUAGGCUUAUUAUCUUCAAGUUCCUGUUAUUUAAACAUCAUUUAUCCAUAUUGCUGCUUCACUUUUUUCUUUUUUUGUUUUGUUGUUUAAUGCAGAAACUGGAGAGGUAAUGUUCACUUAUGAUGUAUUUAAUAAACAAGAAAAAAACAUCUGA